CCCUUAAAAUUAUUGAUAACCACCACUGUUGGGACCACAUUAUGUUGAAAGUGAUGUGUUAAAUCUGAGUCUACAUUCUUUAUGGGGUGCGGCUACUCUUGUGUCGGGUAAUUACGGUACCGGGCAUGCGCAGUGUAGCAAAGCAUCAUUAAGCAGAGCUCAAGGAGAAGAGGAAAAUAGUAGCAGGGAGUGAGAGAGAGAGGGGGGCGGUAGAAGUUGGAUUGUGCAUUCCUUUGUCGCCGUGUUUCUGUGCUCACAGCCAACCACAGAGCUCAUCUGUGAUCCGUAAGAUCGCACCGUCUGUCGCCGUAUCACGUCUAAAUUACUCCCUCGGACUUCAUCUAGCAGACGGUCCGCUCUCAUCCGCGCCCGUGGCCGAGAUGAUGGAGGAAUCAGUGACCACAUUUGAGACGCACCUGACGGCCGUCAUGGACAGUCUGAUCCGAGCCUCGGUCUGUGAGAUCACCAAACUCUUCCAGGAGACGGUGAACGACUACCUGGUGGAGCUGUCCCUCAACAGGAAGGAAAACGAGGCUCUCAAACUGCGACUGAGGCUCACAGAGAACAAACUGAGAACCGAGCGCAAGUACGGGAUGGGCUGGGCUACCAACCGCCGCAACGCCGGACUGGCGGCGGCGGAGGAAGGAGCGGGAGGGCGGCACAAACGAAAAGUUGAGGUGGCCCGAGUCAAUUCAAAGAAGGGCCCGACAGCAGCCUAUGGCAAAGGCUGGCCUGGAGGUGUGUGGGAGGAUGGAGGAGGUGGCAGUGGCGGUGGUUGUCUGGGAGGAGGAGGCACUGUGGGGAUGGUAGCAGGAGCAGGAGGAAGAGGGGGGAAGGAGUCCAGGGAGAUGUACCUCAUUCAGUUCCCCGGGGAUGAAGCGGAUGAGGGAGGAAUGGCGGAAGACGAGGAAGGGGAGGGCAGCCUCAGCGGUGAGGGAGAGGAGACAGCUGACAUCAAAGAGGAGUUUUCACAAACAGAGGGCUAUCAACCUGCCUCUCUCCGCCUAAUCAAGGAGGCUUUGAAAAUGGAUCUGUCCAACCAGAACCUCCACAGUGGCUCCAGAGCCCAAAGUGAAGGCAACUUGUCAGAUUGUCCACCAUCACUUCAUCCAGGAACGAGAGAGGAAGACUGGGAGGUGGGCUCAGCAGAGCCAUCACAGGGGGGCAUGACCAUAGAUGAGCUGAGGGGUUUGGAGUCUGCACUGAGAGCUGAGCGAGGCCGCGAGCAAGCUGCCAUGACAGCUUCCCAGCCUGCCAGCUCUGACUCAGAGGUGGUGCGAAGCAGCAAGGUCCCCAAGUACAUAGGUCUUGAUGGGAUGGAGCAAGAUGGAGAGCUGGAGCCUCAGCCACCAACCCUACAGAGAGAGGACCAGAUAGGGCAGGGCAGGGUAAAGGAUGGUGUGAGACCUGGAGUAGUUGGGGGAGUGGAGCUGAGGUUGGGCUGGUCAAAGAAGCAGAGAGAGGGCGACUCAGGUGCGGUAAUGACUGGCGAGGAUGUGGUGGAGCAGGGAGAGUCAGAGCGUGUGCCCCACCUAUCAGCUCCAGGAAGUGUGGAGAGUGGAGGGGAAGAAGAGGGUGGCAGGGAUCUGCUCCACUUUUGCCCACAAUGUGGAGGAGGCUUCACUUUGGAGGCUGAGCUCGAGGAGCACCCCUGUCCACUAGGAGGAGCUCAUUUGCCGAGCAGUGGAGCAGAGGACAGUCUUUUUCCGUGUGCCCACUGUGGCAACACAUUCAGCCACGCCUGGGCUCUGAAAAACCACGAAUGUGCCUGUGCUGCAGAGCGGCCGCACUGCUGCGAGAUCUGCGGGAAGCGCUUCACACACUCACGUUCGCUGGAACGGCAUCAUCUGGUGCACACAGGUGAGAGGCCGCACCGGUGCCCGCAGUGUGGACGCAGCUUCAGUCGUCUCGGCAACUUGGAACGGCACCAGCGGAUCCACACAGGUGAACGGCCGUACGGGUGUGAAGCCUGUGGAAAACGUUUCAGCCGGGUGGAGUACCUAAAGAGACACCAACUCAUACACAACAGUGAAAAGGCAGCACUCCAGUGCUCUAACUGUGGAAGGGGCUUUAGUGAUGUGGAGCAACUGAAAAACCACCAGUGUUUUUAGAGCCUUUCUUCACAUCUCUGAUAGGACUGCAACGAAAGAGCUGUUUUCAAUAGAAUGUGAUAGAAUUUAGGUCAAUAAUGCAACUGGUAGAUUCUGUGUGUGUCGUGUGGAUGAAUUUUGUAAUAAAGUAAAUGAAUGCACAUGGUCAAAGAGGACAAGGGAACAACUGUAGGUGGUGUUUCGCUGUAGGAGGGGAAAUAAGUCGGUCUCAGACAUUAAGCUGUUUUAAUAUGAAGUGUUCUCAUUUGUACUGUAUGAACACUUGUACUUAUUUAUGAUAAUAAACAAAUUGUACAUUUUAUCUUUUUAUCAGUAAUUCACUCAUGUUAAAGCUGAUGGCCUUGGUUGUCUUUGACGGUACAACUGACAGCUUGGUGUUUUAUAUGUUUGAGUUUUCAUUAUGUCAUUAAUAAAAUAUUUCAAUUCAUCA